AUGGCUUCUUGGGUUUCUCGAACAGAGAUAGAUUUCUCUUGCUCAAUCUGUCAAGACAUCUUCAAAAAUCCUGUUGUGCUGUCAUGUAGCCACAGCUUCUGUAAAGACUGUCUGCAGCGCUGGUGGACCGAGAAACAAAUUCAUGAAUGUCCAGUCUGUAAAAGAAAAUCUUCUAAAAGUGAUCCACCUUCUAACUUGGUAUUAAAGAACCUGUGUGAAGCCUUCUUACAAGAACUUUCUCUACAAGAGAAAACUCCUGCAGAGUCUGAAGCUCUGUGCAGUCUGCACUCAGAGAAACUAAGGCUCUUCUGUCUGGACCAUCAGCAGCCUGCGUGUGUUGUCUGUCGAGAUUCAAAGGCACACACCAACCACAGAUUCAGACCUGUUGAUGAGGCUGCACUAGAUCACAAGGAGGAGCUCAGGAAAACUCUGAAGCCCUUACAGGACAAACUGGAGAAAUUUAAUCAAGUUAAAGUUAACUGGGAUCAAACAGCAGAGCACAUUAAGGAUCAGACCCAACAAACAGAGAGACAGAUAAGGGAGCAGUUUAAGAAGCUUAAUCAGUUUCUACAAAAGGAAGAAGAGUCCAGGAUCACUGCUCUGAGGAAGGAAGAGGAGCAGAAGAGGGAUAUGAUGAAGCAGAGGAUUGAUGCUCUGAGCAAAGAGAUAGCAGCUCUUUCAGAAAUAAUCACAGUCACAGAGAAGGAACUGAGAGCUGCAGACGUCUCAUUUCUGCACAACUACAAGGCUGCAUUGAACAGAGUCCAGCAGCACCCCCUGCUGGAUGAUCCACAGCUGGCAUCAGGAGCUCUGAUAGAUGUGGCCAAACACCUGGGCAACCUGACCUUCAACAUCUGGAACAAAAUGAAGGACAUGGUCUCUUCCUCUCCUGUGAUUCUGGAUCCAAACACUGCUAGUCCAAACCUCAUCGUAUCUGAAGAUCUGAGCAGUGUGAUGUAUAGGGAGGUAAAGAGAGAGCUUCCAAAAAACCCAGAGAGGUUUGAGGACUACGCCACAGUCCUGGGCUCUGAGGACUUAAAUUCUGGAACUCACAGCUGGGAUGUUGCAGUUAGUAAUGAAACAAACUGGGGAGUGGGUGUGAUAAAUGUUUCUGUCCCACGUACAGGAGAGCUUCUGAGUGGUUAUUGGGCGGUAUGGUUAAGUGAUGGUAAAUACAGAGCAUUCUCUCCAUCAUUCAUAGAUAAAGAACUGUCAGUAAAGAAGCCUCUCCAGAGGAUCAGAGUGCUUCUGGACUGGAACAGAGGAAAACUGUCAUUCUCUGAUCCUGACACUGACACACACAUUUACACCUUCACACACACUUUUACUGAGCGGGUGUUUCCCUUCGUUAGUACUCUGAAUCCAAAACCAUUGAAGAUAUUACCAGUGAAAGUCACUACAAAGUUAAAGAUGUAG